AUGCGACCAGAAGAGAUUGAGAGCAUAUUGAUGCGGUUAAAAAAUGGUGAAAUUUCGGAAGACGAUUCCACCGACAAUGAAGAUGACAUAGACUAUUAUUCGAGCCAAAGAGAUCGCCUGAUGGAGCUAGAAGAUGAAGAGGAUGUAGGUAAUUUUCCCACUGACCUAAACUUGGAUGCAGAUCUGCCUGUAGCAAUCGUAGAUACCGACAUGCAACAUAAUUUAGAGACUGUUGAACGAAGCCCAACUCCUACAACCAGCAGCCAGAACAACCCGCAAACUGCACCUUUCAACUCUAGAAGCUUAGUGUGGAGAGUAAAGAAUAUGGACAUAGUCCAAAAUGCUUUCCAGUUUCCUGGAAACACUGAGUAUUCACAAGAAAUUAUGAACUUAGACACUCUUUUUCAGUUUUUUUCUUAUUUUUUCGGUGAAGAAAUUUUAAGAUUUCUAGUGGACGAGUCAAAUAAAUAUGCCUUCCAAAAGAAUCCCAACUUUACAGAACCUGUAACUGUCUUAGAAUUACGCAAAUUUAUUGGAAUUCUUAUUUUUACUAGUGUAUAUCAUUAUCCCAGUGUCAGGUCAUACUGGUCAAACAUUACAAAGUUUGAACCCAUAGCACAAACAAUGAAUCGCAACAGAUUUGAUAAAAUUCGACAAAUUUUUCACAUGAAUGAUGACUCUAAACAUUUGCCCAUUGAUCAUCCCCAGCACGACCGACUGCAUAAAGUAAGACCAGUGAUAGACUAUUUGAACAAGAAAUUUAUUACUGUACCAUUUGAGCAUCGUCUAUCACUAGACGAGCAAAUGUGUUCCACUAAAAUUAAACAUUUUAUGAAACAAUACUUACCCAACAAGCCCCAUAAGUGGGGAUUCAAAUUAUACGUUUUAUGCUCUCUGUCUGGGUAUGCCUACAGUUUUGAGAUUUACUCAGGAGCUAAGGACAAAGACCGUUUACCUGGCGAGCCAGACCUCGGACCUGUAUCGAAUACAGUUAUUCGAUUGUUACGACCAGUACCAAGGCACGUCAAUCAUAUAACUUAUUUUGACAAUUUUUAUACGAAUAUUCCUCUGCUACAUUACUUGACCAACGAAGGUAUUUAUUGUCUUGGAACAGUACAGAGAAACAGGCUUGGAAAGUCGUGCAAGUUGCCGGAGAAACGGGAAAUUAUGAAAUCUAACGUACCCAGAGGAACAUAUCACGAAAAUGUGGCCUUUCACGAAGGCCAAGAAUUUUCGGCCACAAGUUGGAAAGACAACAAACAAGUUCUAUUACUUUCGACGUAUGUUGGCGCUGAACCAGCGGAUACUAUAACCCGCUACGAAAAAAAAUUAAAGGCCAAUGUUCAAGUACCAUGUCCUCGGGUCAUAAAAGAAUAUAAUGCACACAUGGGCGGCGUUGAUUUGAUGGAUAGCUUCAUUGGUCGAUAUCGCAUCCGGAUAAAGUCGAGAAAGUGGACAACGAGGCUCUUCUACCACUUGUUAGACAUGACUGUCAUCAAUGCUUGGGUACUAUACAAAAAGGUAAACACAGUGAAAGGAAAACUUCAGAAGAACAUUAUGAAGUUAGCAGAUUUUAGAACUGAGCUUGCCGAUACUUUAUGUAGAUAUCAAAGUCACUCGAAAAAUAAAAGGGGAAGACCCAGUACCAACAGUCGACAAGACACUACAGUACCUUCUAAAAGACCCCGGACAGGUGUACAAGUAUUACCCUCUACUGACGUGCGUUGCGUUGUAUUGGUCAUGAAAAAAUAUUUAUGGAUUCUAGAAAUAAGUGUAAAUUUAAUAAUUGUAGGAAACUUACCUCCUGGUUCUGUAAAAAGUGUAAAGUGUCGUUAUGCGAUAAUAAAAACAAUCAAUGUUUCGCAUUAUUUCAUGCAUAGGUAUAUCUGA